AUGAAUGACCCCCCCUACCCAAUUUGUGAGUCGACUAAAAAAUCCUUCCGAUGCUGGCUGGGGGACAGUACGACGCCUUCCCCAUUCCCUUCCCCACGCAACGACCCCCCCAACCCGUCCCGGGACCCACCCUCCGCUCUCUCCCCUCUCUCCUCUCUCUCCCCUCUCCCCCCUCUCUCCCCUCUCUCCCUUCUCUCCCCUCUCUCCCUUGACCCACCUUCCCCUCUCUCCCAUCUCUCUCAUCUCUCCCAUCUCUCUCAUCUCUCCCAUCUCUCUCAUCUCUCUCAUCUCUCUCAUCUCUCUCAUCUCUCCCCUCUCUCCCAUCUCUCUCAUCUCUCUCAUCUCUCCCCUCUCUCCCAUCUCUCUCAUCUCUCUCAUCUCUCCCCUCUCUCCCAUCUCUCUCAUCUCUCUCAUCUCUCCCUCUCCAUCUCUCUCAUCUCUCUCAUCUCUCCCCUCUCUCCAUCUCUCUCAUCUCUCUCAUCUCUCCCCUCUCUCCCAUCUCUCUCAUCUCUCUCAUCUCUCCCCUCUCUCCCAUCUCUCUCAUCUCUCUCAUCUCUCCCCUCUCUCCCAUCUCUCUCAUCUCUCUCAUCUCUCCCCUCUCUCCCAUCUCUCUCAUCUCUCUCAUCUCUCCCAUCUCUCUCAUCUCUCCCAUCUCUCUCAUCUCUCCCAUCUCUCCCAUCUCUCCCAUCUCUCUCAUCUCUCCCAUCUCUCUCAUCUCUCCCAUCUCUCCCCUCUCUCCCAUCUCUCUCAUCUCUCCCAUCUCUCUCAUCUCUCCCAUCUCUCUCAUCUCUCCCAUCUCUCCCAUCUCUCCCAUCUCUCUCAUCUCUCCCAUCUCUCUCAUCUCUCCCAUCUCUCCCCUCUCUCCCAUCUCUCUCAUCUCUCCCAUCUCUCUCAUCUCUCCCAUCUUUCUCAUCUCUCUCAUCUCUCUCAUCUCUCUCAUCUCUCCCCAAGGAUCGUUUCCCUCUCCCCCGCUGA